AUGAAGCGUGGAUGGAGGAGAGGAGGCAGGUUGUCUCUCAGGUGAGUUCUGUCAUUCUUUUAUACUCCAGAGGGACAAAGAUCCCCGAUACCGAACAGAGUGGGGCAGUGAGGGGCAGGGAGGGGGGCAGGGAGGGGGACAGACAGGGGCAGGGAGGGGGACAGAGAGGGGCAGGGAGGGGGACAGAGAGGGGCAGGGAGGGGCAGGGAGGGACAGAUAAGGGUGGGAGGGGGAUACAGGGGGACAGAGAGGAGCAGGAAAUUCCAAAACACUAACCUCUACUCCCAUCACACGCUGGGAUUUUCCCUCAUCAUCAUCACCAUCAUCAUCAGGAAGAAGGCAUUUUCUUCUUAGGUAAGGUGUGAUGUUAUACUCCAGAGAGACAACGAUCCCUGAUACAGGACUGUCACGCCCUGGCUCUGGGGACUCUAAUAUGUUGAGCCAGGGUGUGUAUAGUCUAUGUGUGUUCUAGGUUUCACUUUCUGGUUUUGUAGAUCUAUGUUGGCCAGGGUGGCUCCCAAUCAGAGACGGCUGUAGCUCGUUGUCUCUGAUUGGGAGUCAUACUUAGGUAGCCGUUUGGCACUCAUUCAUUGUGGUUUCUUGUUCGUAUUUGGUUUGUGUAUGACCAUUGACUGUCACGUCAUCGUUUUGUUGUUUUGAUCGUGUGAUCAUUGAUAUAAUAAAUAUGUUCGCUUUCAACGCUGCGCCUUGGUCCUCAUCUCUUCCCGACGAUCGUGACAGAAGAAACCACCAAGAUUUGACCAAGCAGCGUGUCCAGGAGCCAUCACCAGGGAGAUCCCUAGCAGAUCUCCUUUGCCUCCUCGACUGGGUCAAGCCGAGUGAGGAAGAGAAGGGCUUGACAUUGUGGCAGAAGGGCGAAAGGCUGGCGAGGGACAUGGAGACCUGGUCCACUGGUAGGAGAGACGCCCAGAAAUUUUUUAGGGGGGGGGCUAACGCCGUGGACGACGGGCCAGCAGGAGACCGCGGCAGAGCGGCCCAGCGGAUUGGCAGAGGAGGCCGCCAGGUUACGGGGGCCACUGGUCGAAGAGGGGGUGGAAGGUGUAGAGGCACGGCGAGAGGUACUGGGGUGUGUUACCAGUCCGGUCCGGCCCAUUCCAGAUCCCUGCGUAGGACCAGUGGUGUGUGUCCCCAGUACGGUCCGGCCUGUUCCUGCUCCCCGCACCAAGUCAGUGGUGCGCUUCGUCAGCCCGGCUCGGCCUGUUCCUGCUCCCCGCACCAAGUCAGUGGUGCGCUUCGUCAGCCCAGCUCGGCCCGUUCCUGCUCCCCGCACCAAGUCAGGGGUGCGCUUCGUCAGCCCGGCUCGGCUCGUUCCUGCUCUCCGCCCCAAGUCAGUGGUGCGCUUCGUCAGCCCGGCUCGGCCCGUUCCUGCUCCCCGCACCAAGUCAGUGGUGCGCUUCGUCAGCCUGGCUCGGCCCGUUCCUGCUCCCCGCCCCAAGUCAGUGGUGUGCUUCGUCAGCCCGGCUCGGCCCGUUCCUGCUCCCCGCACCAAGUCAGUGGUGCGCUUCGUCAGCCCGGCUCGGCCCGUUCCUGCUCCCCGCACCAAGUCAGUGGUGCGCUUCGACAGCCCGGCUCGGCCCGCUCCUGCUCCCCACACCAAGCCAGUGGUGUGCGUCGUCAGUCCGGCACGGCCCGUGCCUGUUCCACCGGUGGCUGGUCCGGCACCGGUCAGAUGCUUCACGCCGGAGCUAGAGCAAUCCGCUCCACCAGUGUGCAGUCCAGCUCCGGCCAGCGGGGCCAGACCGGACCAGGGGUACUUUGGGGGGUUGGAGAGGGAGCGGGGAUCAGGCCCGGAGCCGGAUCCGCCGCCUAAGCGGAGUGCCCACCCGGUCCCUCCCCUGUGGUGUUUGGUGGGCGCGGUCGGAGUCCGCGCCUUUAGGGGGGGGUACUGUCACGCCCUGGCUCUGGGGACUCUAAUAUGUUGAGCCAGGGUGUGUAUAGUCUAUGUGUGUUCUAGGUUUCACUUUCUGGUUUUGUAGAUCUAUGUUGGCCAGGGUGGCUCCCAAUCAGAGACGGCUGUAGCUCGUUGUCUCUGAUUGGGAGUCAUACUUAGGUAGCCGUUUGGCACUCAUUCAUUGUGGUUUCUUGUUCGUAUUUGGUUUGUGUAUGACCAUUGACUGUCACGUCAUCGUUUUGUUGUUUUGAUCGUGUGAUCAUUGAUAUAAUAAAUAUGUUCGCUUUCAACGCUGCGCCUUGGUCCUCAUCUCUCACCGACGAUCGUGACAAGGACAGAGAGAGGCAGGAAGUCAUUGUCUUAGGUGCGGUCGUGCCUUUUGAGAUGUGUAAAAAAAGUUUUCCCAUCUGAAGAGGUUAAAUAUAAAAUGUCUAUAGUAAGUGCCUAUUAAGUGCCAAAUAAAGUAACAGGAUUGACUGUAACAGUGUUGACGAUUUCACCUUAAAUCAGCCAUAAAUCCCCUUGUGACAGGGUGAAUGGAAGCUUGUUGUGUGCAACAGGGAGGGGCAAUUGAAUGCAAGUUUCACAAAAAAAGUCUUUAAAUAGUUAAAACAUGUAUAGCCUGUCUAUCUAUGGGUAAUAGGGUUGUUAUGCUCGACACACCCAGUUUCCCACCACAAAAUAGCCAAAAACAGUAGAACCAGCCCACCUGCUUUUACACUAUGAUUUGACUAUUAGAUGUUCAAUGGUUCUUUUGAAAAAAAUAUUUAAAAGGAAUAGUUUCACCAUAUUAAAACGAGAGUUCAGUUCAGGUAACAGGGUUGAUCUUAAAAUUAGGGUCAGGUUUAUAAAAAAUAAAAAAAACUUUAUUUCUUCAGAAAUUACAUUGUCAAAGCGACAAAAUAACUAAGGUUUUACAAUGAUAGUAAAAAUUUGGAGAAAUGUUGGGGUCAAGUGGGUUAAACUCUUUCUGAAAGUAACAGAGGGCGCAUAGAGGGACAUGUAAAAUUCUGAAUUUUGGCACUUUAGUGAGUCUAUUCAUAUACAAAAUAUCUGAUUUAUUGAAUUUUCCAUGUGGUCUAUAUUAAAGGGCAUGUCAUUAAAUAUAAAAGGCUUUUAAAAUGCAAUAUUGGUGCACAUUUUCUACUUAAAAGCUCAGUGCAGUCAAAAACGUGAUUUUCCUGUGUAUCAAGAAUGGUCCACCACCCAAAGGACAUCCAGCCAACUUGACACAACUGUGGGAAGCAUUGGAGUCAACAUGGGCCAGCAUCCCUGUGGAACGCUUACGACACCUUGUAGAGUCCAUGCCCCGGAAAAUUGAGGCUGCUCUGAGGGCAAAAGGGGGUGCAACUCAAUAUUAGGAAGGUGUUCCUAAUGUUUUGUACACUCAGUGUAUAUUUCUGCAAUGAGGUUGGAAUAAUACUGUGAAAUUGUGAAAAUUAUGAUAAUGCCCUUUUAGUGUAAGAGCUGUUUGAAACCUGUUUUCGUGGAAUGGAGUUUUGGGGGGAUGGAGUUUUGGCCUGCCUGUUGACAUCACAAAGCGGUAAAUUAGUUAAAAGACCAAUAAGAAAGAGAGUUCCAAACCUCUCUGCCAAUAACACAUUUUCAUUUUCCCCCUCCCCAUUCAGUCCUAGCAACAUUUCUGCUUCAGAAAUUGUUCUUUGCUAAGAAGCAAAAACAUAUUUUCACUAUUUUAAUUGAAAACUGUCACAGUAAGGUACGUGAUUGUUACCCAGAAAUGAUUUGAUAUUCAGAUAAAAACAGCUGCAUUGGACCUUUAAAAUAUCAAAGGGAAGCAAAAGGUACUAAUUUCAUGGAACAACCCAGGUAAGGUAUGACGUCACAUCUGGAGGGGUGAGGGGGGUGAGGCCGGAACUCCUGGAACUCCUCCCACUCUCAGGAUGGGAUAUUUAUGUUGAUAAACUUCAACAUUCCUCCAGAACAUCUGGCAAGCAUCGUCAUCUCUCUCUCUCCGAUCAAACUCUCAUCAUCUCGCCUUCUCUUUCUUUGUCUGAGCAUCAUCCUCCUCAUCAUCAGCUCCAACAAGUAAAUACUCUUUCUCUUUUAACUGCAUGCUGUAUCCAUCUCAUCUCUGUGUUAAUGUUUAACUGCAUGCUGUAUCCAUCUCAUCUCUGUGUUAAUGUUUAACUGCAUGCUGUAUCCAUCUCAUCUCUGUGUUAAUGCACUGUGUAGGCUAGUUUCUGGAUAGCAUAAUAUUAUAUUCAAACAUUCAUGGCAUGAUUAGAAAUAAUAAAUAUUUACCAUGUCAUGAAACAUUGAGAAAGUAAAGAACAGCUUAUAAUACCGUGGAGAAGUUGUCUGAACAGUUAGGGGAGGCUAGUAGUUUAGUGAUGGUAAGAUAGUGAUGGAGAGAGAGACACACACACAGAGAGAGAGAGAGAGAGAGAGAGAGAGAGAGAGAGAGAGAGAGAGAGAGAGAGAGAGAGAGAGAGAGAGGUCUGAUAUUACUUACUAGAAUCAGUCUACUCUACUACUUACUGUACUAAAACCAGUCUUGCAGCUGCUUGAUAAUAGACUUGUAGACACAUAUAUAUAUGAUGUUUGUGAUAGACUGUACAUGAUGAUAGACAGGCUGAGGACAGUGUAACUAAGUGUGCUCUGCUCUUUCUCCUGUCACUGUCUCAGUGAAAGAGGGAGAGAGAGAAGAAGCAGAGGGAGAGGAAGAAAAUAAGGUUGUCUAGGCAGCAGCCUCCUAUCUAUCUAGGCACAGGCACCUGCCGUACACUGACUCCCUCCAGUCACACUGUACUGUGGCUCCUUUCUUUGUCACUGGGAGUGGGUGGAUAUGAUAAUCAGCACCUAGCUGGCACUAAGCAGCACAGGGAGUACAGAGGCACUGCUGGGCUCUUUGAGAGGGGUUACUGUGUUGAAUACGGGAGGGGAGGAGGGGGAGAGAGGGAGGGGAAGAGUGAGUGAGAGAGAGAAAGGCAGGGAGAGGUGGUAAUUCACAAAUGUGUUCUGAAAAAAAAAAGUGUAGGUUACUGUUUUACAUAUAGAGGGCGAUGUGAUCUUUAUGUUCAGUGAUAAAUAACAUGAAGUAUUGAGGUGAAUCUUAACCAGAGCCCUUUCUAGACAGUAAGCUCCAAUGCUGCCUGUUUUUCUCUGUCUGGGGAGGACCUGUGUCAACACAUCUGCCCCAGUCAACAUAACAUUUAUCCUCCAUGACUGGGCCAGUGACAUCAUCAACUCUGCAAAUAUAUCCUUUGGUUGUUAAUUGUCCAAAACACAUUUAUACUGGAAACACAUUCAUACUUUAUUUCCAUUCUACAGGAUAAAGAAACAGGCAGGACAGGAAUAAGCCAAUAUUGGGUUUAAAUUUAGAGCAAGAGGAAGUCUUAGCCCUAGGUUGGAGGAGAGUGUUGACAGACAGACCAGCCAACCACACCAGUCUAGGGUUGCGUCCCAAAUGGCACCCUAUUCCCUAUAUAGUGCACUACUUUUGACCGGGGCCCAUAGGGAAUAGGGUGCUAUUUGGGACCCCAGCCUAGAGCCUUAUAGUUAAACACUUCACCCCAGACUGAUGCUGAAAUAAUAUGCUACUGAAUAGCUUGUAUUUUCAUCAUUCAUCCAUUUUAAUGUUUUUAUUCGCUGUCCUCUCUCUCAUGUUCAUAUAAUAUUAUUACUGUCCCUGUUGUUUUACAGCUGUAGCUAAAACGACAGACGCCAUGGCAAGCUCGGAUGGUUUUCCCGCCAGUUUCUAUGGUGAGCCGGGGGUGUUGGGCAUGUUAUCCAAUGGGAUCAGUGCGUUCCUGGUUCUACUGCAGAACUUCAACACCGCUAGAACCGGAGUACCGGCACAGGGGGUGGAAAACAUUCUGGCAGGUAUGCUAAUCAAUCAAUCCAUCAUGAUCACUAUCACAAUGUGUCACGACUUCCUCCGAAGCUGCCUCCUCUCCUUGUUCGGGCAGGCUUCGGCGAUUGUCGUCACCGGCCUUCUAGCCACUGCCGCUCCUCAUCUCAUCAUUCCAUUUGUUUUGUCUUGUUUUUACACACACCUGAUUCAUAGCCCCUCAUCAGUACCUGUAUAAGUAUUCCCCCUGCCCCCCAUGUCUUUGUGGGUGAUUGUUUUCAUGUAGAGGUGACGAUAGCUUGUGGAAAAUUAUUAUUAGUGUUUUACGCAUUGCUGCGUACCGCUGUAUCUGCCAAAUAAACCAUUGAUUCUGUGAUUUACCCUCCUGCGCCUGACUCCUUCCAAAUCACCCGCUACACAAUGACUAACUCUACUCUCUGUUCUUGCUGUUGUGUUUCAGUUGGUUGUUCAAAAUCACUAACAGUGUUGUGUGUUUUAGGUGGUUGUUCAACAUCACUAACAGUGUUUUGUGUUUUAGGUGGUUGUUCAACAUCACUAACAGUGUUGGGUGUUUUAGGUGGUUGUUCAACAUCAAUAACAGUGUUGUGUGUUUUAGGUGGUUGUUCAACAUCAAUAACAGUGUUGUGUUUUAGGUGGUUGUUCAACAUCACUAACAGUGUUGUGUGUUUUAGGUGGUUGUUCAACAUCCCUAAUAGUGUUGGGUGUUUUAGGUGGUUGUUCAACUGUUGUGGAAAUUCUUACACAGGGACACUCAAAGUCAAUCUUAAAAGAAUCAUUGUUUAUUAUCAGCAUGCUGGAGAGGUUCCCACCAACUCAAUGCACCAUAUGUAUACAUGUCGAUCAGGAUCUCUCCCGGGGCAGUCCCGUUAGAUCUCUUAUAUACAGUUAUAUUUGCAUGAUUUAGCUUAUUCAUUCAUAAUUAAUUCAUCAUUGACGUUUGCUUCAUUCAUGUGACUGACCAAUACUGGGUCAUGCAUGUGACAGACCAAUACCUCGUUCUCAAAACAAGGGUCUGGGCGUACUGCCAAAUUGCAGAUACUGAUAGUGAGGGUUCGUUCAAUCAGUCAUUUGCAUGAACACAGAAAACGGUAAUUAGAAAAGCAUGAACAUAGAACACAGAAAUGUAUAAAUAGAAAAGCACCAACAUAACAUUUUCCAUCAAACAACAUCACUAACUGUGUUAUGUGUUUGCAGGUGUUCACCUGAUCCUGAUAGGUGGUGUGUGUCAGCUGAUCGCCGGCCUCCUGUCGUUCCGCAAAUACGACCACCUAAGCAGCACUGCCUUCAUCGGCUACGCAGCGCUCUGGGGGAGCUAUGGCGCCACACGCAUCUUCCAGGGUGCCUCCCAACCAAUCACAACCAACAUGACCCUGUCACAUGACCUGAUGAGCAACAUGACAAUGCCCACUUCCCUCAUAACCAACCUAUCCCUAUCAGCGGAACUCAUCAAUGGCACCUCGCAGAGCCCUGAUUGGCUGUUUUCCCUGCCCAUUCCCCAGUCUGCCAUCGGGGGAUUGGUCCCCUACAUCCUCCUCUCCCUCCUAUUGGCCUUCUGCUCAGCCACGGUUAACGUCAUCAUGCCCUUCGUGUUCGGCGCCAUCACGCUGACGCUGCUGUUCGAGGCCGUGAUAUUGGGAGUGUCCUCCGCCUGGCCGCUGAUCGUCUCCGGUAUUCUAGAACUCCUCAUCCUCCUUUUCGCUGUGUAUGGUAGCGCAGCCCUGCUGGUGAAAGGCCUGGCACAGCGCUACGUCCUGAAGGGGUUCGGCAACCCACUGUUUAACGUGCUCCUAUUGGGGACCAAUCAAAUCCCCACGGCCAGCGCUCAGAGCCUGGGACAGGAGAAGAAGAAGAACACGAAGUACGCUGAACCCCAGGCGCUCUGCUUUUUUUGCGACACCGUGUCUCCGUUCAUCCUGUUGUUCUACAGCUUCGGCUACAUCACGUCCUUCUCCCUGGGGGCUGUGUGGGUGUCCAUUAUCUCUGCUGCUCAGCUCCUCUCCAGCUACUACGCUCACCUGCGCCAGGAUGGCUACCUGGCCACCAAGGCUGGGCUGCACGCCACCUACUGGCUGACCAAGGCGUGGGAGGAGUUUGUGUUGUCGCCCCUGAUUGUGUCGGAGCCGAUGGGAGAGGUGGCUGCUGGGAGACAGGCGAUGGUUGGUGAUUGGUUCUUUGUGACGGCGGCGCUGCUCCUCCUAGUAGUGAGUCUCAGUAAUGACGCCCUGGAGGUUGCCCACAAUGCAUUGUUCCUGCUUCUGUCCGUGUCCACGAUCCACCAGAUCCCCCUCCAGGGGUACUACAUGUUCUUCGGGGUGUCCUGCUCCCUGUUUGCCGCUGCCUCGCUUUACGGGACGUUCUGCCGCCUCAUCAACUCCAUUGCUGAGAAGAUUCUGAUCCCUGUGGGCCCUCAGCUCGUCUCCUCUAUCCGCCUCCGCUCCGUCCUGUGCUGCUGCUGUUCCCCGGGGAAACUCCAGGGGGCGCUGUCAUUAUCACCACCGACCAUUCAGAUCACUGACACCCUAUUCUACCUGACCAAUGGGGUGGCAGCUCUCUCGGCCCUCCACUCAGCCUCGUCCAGUCAGAGCGGGGUGUUCCUGCGGCUGAGCGUUCCGUGGGUUCUGGUGUCGGGAGCAGUGGUACAGGGGUUGGUCAGCAGACUGCAGGUCAGGGGAGGACAGAGAUUUGGGUCGGUCAUCCCAUCCUUCUACAUGGUUGUCUGGGCUACAUGGACAUGGUACCGCUUCGCAGGUACAUGGGUGACUUGUGCUGCCUCCUAUUUGACACCCCAUUCCUUAUAUAGAGCUCUGGUCAAAAGCAGUGCACUAUAUAGGGAAUAGGGUACCAUUUGGGACGUACCCUGAAGGAUUAAAUUAGAAUACUUUAUUAUCCAUUAACAAAACAAAAUGUUAUUUUGCGCUGACAUACAUAUAGCAUUUUACACAUUUCACACAUUGACAGAUCCUAACAUGAAGAAUGUGCCUUUAAUUUUAGCCUAAAUCAUACAAUAAUGUCAAGAGGAGAUUUGCAGGACAGUUAGUCAGUGUUGCUGUUGUUGUUGCUGUUGUUGUUGUCUCCAUGCUCUGUGACCUGUUUAGUAACCAGUACUCUCUGUUCUAUUCUCAGGCCUCAUGCUACAGAUCUCUCCAGCAGGGUCUUUAGGGUUCACAGCUGGAGCCAUCGCUUUCCUGGUCAUCAACGCUUUCCUCAUGCUCAUCGGUCAGUCUCUACGUGAAAUUACCAAAAUCUACCUCUUCACCUGCUUCAACAGAUAAAGAGAGUGAAAAACUGAGGUUGUGUUUGGCACCCUAUUCCUUAUAUAGACCUAUGGGCCCUGGUCAAAAGUAGUGCUUCACUAUAUAGUGCAGGGAUCAUCAACUAUAUUCAGCCGAGAGCCGAUUACAAAUAAUUUGCAGACUGCAAAUUGACCGCAAGAAUCCCAAACAGAUAUAACAUUUGACUAAAACAUAGUAAUUUCAAACAUUGCUUACAUUUCUAUACAAAUAAAAUAAAAUUGUAUUUGUCACAUACAGUGAGGGAAAAAAGUAUUUGAUCCCCUGCUGAUUUUGUACGUUUGCCCACUGACAACGAAAUGAUCAGUCUAUAAUUUUAAUGGUAGGUUUAUUUGAACAGUGAGAGACAGAAUAACAACAAAAUCCAGAAAAACGCAUGUCAAAAAUUUUAUAAAUUGAUUUGCAUUUUAAUGAGGGAAAUUAGUAUUUGAACCCUCUGCAAAUCAUGACUUAGUACUUGGUGGCAAAACCCUUGUUGGCAAUCACAGAGGUCAGACAUUUCUUGUAGUUGGCCACCAGGAUUGCAUACAUCUCAGGAGGGAUUUUGUCCCACUCCUCUUUGCAGAUCUUCUCCAAGUCAUUAAGGUUUCGAGGCUGACGUUUGGCAACUCGAACCUUCAGCACCCUCCACAGAUUUUCUAUGGGAUUAAGGUCUGGAGACUGGCUAGGCCACUCCAGGACCUUAAUGUUCUUCUUCUUGAGCCACUCCUUUGUUGCCUUGGCCGUGUGUUUUGGGUCAUUGUCAUGCUGGAAUACCCAUCCACGACCCAUUUUCAAUCACCUAUGAUUUGACGGUACAUGGCCCCGUCCAUCGUCCCUUUGAUGCGGUGAAGUUGUCCUGUCCCCUUAGCAGAAAAACUGCCCCAAAGCAUAAUGUUUCCACCUCCAUGUUUGACGGUGGGGAUGGUGUUCUUGGGGUCAUAGGCAGCAUUCCUCCUCCUCCAAACACGGCGAGUUGAGUUGAUGCCAAAGAGCUCAAUUUUGGUCUCAUCUGACCACAACACUUUCACCCAGUUCUCCUCUGAAUCAUUCAGAUGUUCAUUGGCAAACUUCAGAUGGGCAUGUAUAUGUGCUUUCUUGAGCAGGGGGACCUUGCGGGCGCUGCAGAAUUUCAGUCCUUCACGGAAUCUGAUUGAUUGAUUGCUUCUGUGGACAGGUGUCUUUUAUACAGGUAACAAACUGAGAUUAGGAGCACUCCCUUUAAGAGUGUGCUCCUAAUCUCAGCUCGUUACCUGAAUAAAAGACACCUGGGAGCCAGAAAUCUUUCUGAUUGAGAAGGGGUCAAAUACUUAUUUCCCUCAUUAAAAUGCAAAUCAAUUUAUAACAUUUUUGACAUGCGUUUUUCUGGAUUUUUUUUGUUGUUAUUCUGUCUCUCACUGUUCAAAUUAACCUACCAUUAAAAUUAUAGACUGAUCAUUUCUUUGUCAGUGGGCAAACUUACAAAAUCAGCAGGGGAUCAAAUACUUUUUUCCCUCACUGUACACGUGUUUAGCAGAUGUUUAUGCGGGUGUAGCGAAAUGCUUGUGCUUCUAGCUCCGACAGUGCAGUAAUAUCUAACAAGUAAUAUCUAACAAUUUCACAACAUAUACCCAAUACACACAAAUCUAGUAAGGAAUGGAAUUUAAGAAUAUAUACAUAUAUGGACAAGCAAUGACAGAGCGGCAUGGACUAAGAUACAGUAAAAUAUUAUAUAAUAGAAUACAGUAUAUACACAUGAGAUGAGUAGUGCAAGAUAUGUAAACAUGAUUAAAGUGACUAGUUGUCAAUUUCUUAAAGUGGCCAGUUAUUUCAAUAGGCAGCAGCAGCAAUCACAUAUAUCUCUCUAUUAUGCAUGGGAACACUUUGGAACAGAUUUCCAAAAUUAAAAUCACUUGGAGCUGAUUUGCUAGUGUUUUUACAGUCUUUCAUGUCCAACAAUUGUUUUUGCUGAGAAAAAUGUAGGGGCCAAAUAAAAUCAGCCGCAGUCCGCCAUUGGGGAACCCUGAUAUAGGGCAUAGGGUGCCAUUUGGGACACAUGCAGUGUAUUCAUCCUGUAUUCCUAACUUUCUCCAUGUCUUCUCCCCUCCACCUCUCCAUUUCUACAUCUUUCCAUAUUUCCAUAUUUCCAUGUCUCCACCCCCCCCCCCCAGCUGCGUAUGGGAACCUGGUCCUCUUGUCUCUGACCACGGUCAUGGAGGUGGUCCUGGUCUGUUUCCUCCUGUCCACCCUCCAACAGCUCCCCUACCAGUUGGAGAGUAAGGAACCUGCUUCUCACCUAACUACACUUACAGGGCUCUUACAGCACUUGUCUCAGACCUACUGCACAGUAUCUCUAACAUAGUGAAUGUUAGUGUUCUAACAUUGCUCUGCCGUUCUUCCUACAGUUGCAAUGCUAGCUGUGUUCUCUAUCAUCUGUGUGUAUGGAGCCCUGGCAUCGCUGGUCAACUGUACCUUCUCUCAGAGACUGCUGCCCCUCGGCCCGCCACUGUUCAAGGUGAGAACAAUACACUCCAUUUCUAUUCCAUUCCAUUCUAUUCCGUUCCAUUCUAUACCAUUCGGUUCUGUUCCAUUCGUUUCUGUUCUGUUCCAUUCCAUACCAUUCCGUCCUACUCCAUUCUGUUCCGCUCCAUAUCUUCUCUCUCUGUGUUGUGUCUUAGGAUGUGAAGCAGCAGAAGGCGUCGUCCCCUGCCUCGCCCUGUCCCGUAGCAGACUCCAAGCUGACUAGUGGACUCCUGAAGAUUACCAGACUGCUAGACGAAGGGGGGGUCUGUGGAAUCCCCACCGACACUGUCUACGCCCUGGCUGCUUCCUGCAAGAACCCUCAGGCCAUCGAGAGCAUCUACAACAUCAAGGUAACACUCACAUUAUCAGUGACAUACUGUGCUCAUACUCUUAAUCAAGUCAAUGUUACUCCAGCAAGUAGGCUACUGGUCCUUCGAGCUGGAUAGGAACACUUGUCCUGGAACAAUCCCAAUGUUAUACUGUGGAUUGUGAUGCACUGGCUUACAAAAUGUUGUUUUUGGAUGAAACUUUGGAUGAAACUGGUUCACCCCUGUCGUUUGACCUCUAACCUCUCUUUGACCCCUGUUAGGACUGCCCAGCAGAGAAGCCAAUCUGUAUCUCUAGUGUAGAGCAGCUGGUGGCAGCCAAGCCCCUUGACCCUUGACCUCUAACCCAUGACCUGUCUCUCUGACCCCUAACCAGGACCGCCCAGCAGAGAAGCCGAUCUGUAUCUGUAUUUCCAGUGUGGAGCAGCUGGUGGCAGCCAAGCCCCCCUUCAGUCCUCUACUCUGGGAGUUCAUGAGGAACGUCUACCCUGGAGGUAUCAGCUGCAUCGUCUGCAAGGGAGAUUGGCUACUCAGACUGGGUCAGUACCAUGGUGGCAAAUUACCAGUGGAGGCUGCUGAGGGGAAGACGGCUCAUAAUAAUGUCUGGAAUGGAGUGUAAUGGAUGGAAUGGAGUGAAUGGAAUGGUAUCAAGCAGUGGUUGAUACCAUUCCAUUGACUCCAUUCCAGCAAUUAUUAUGAGCCGUUCUCCCCUCAGCAGCCUCCACUGCAAAUUACAGAUUUGGGGGUAUUUAGAUGACAUAUUUUUUUAUUUCUGCUGCACUGGGCUAGGUUAACAGAAAUGAUUUGAAUCACAUGUUGACUCUUGGAGGUUCACCUAAACUAAAAUAGUGUUUUUAAUCAUUGUGUUCGCACCUGUGUUGGUCAAGUCUGGGUUGUGUUGAUGGUUUACCUGUGUUGUCCAGGUGUGGGUCCGGCCUACGACCGCGUGGGGACCAAGGACAGCAUUAUGAUCCGAGUCCCUGACCACACAGUCACCGGACACCUGUGUGACAUCACCGGCCCGCUCGCCAUCACCUCAGCCAAUCCCAGUGGAGAACCCGACAGCACGCACCACGACAUGGUCAUCAGGUAACAGUCUAUCAGAAUACUCACCUGUACUCAAGCCUGUUAGUGCUUAUUCAUAAAAUGUUAUAGUGGUAAAUGAUCACCAUUUAUAAAAUGUAAUAAAUGGUGCACACUGCAGCUCCAAUGUAAUAAUUAGAUUCCAACGUUUUGACAGCUAUGCUGCUUUCAUCAGGGUUUCAUGAAAUUAUGACUAUUUAACCUGGAGAGCACUAUUUGAUGUGAUGCUGAGAGUGAUGUCAGUUUUGAAGUAUUUCUGCAUACAGGAGGCUGGUUAUAGCCCGGUUUGAUCUUUCCUGUCAGACUGGUUUCAUGUCAGUCAGCCUGCUGUGUGAACAUACAGUUAUACUAAUGUAUCUGUGUUAGUCCUCUACUAGUUAUUGGGUCAUAAUCCAGAUGAUGUUCUUUACUCUUUAUGCUGUUCUGAACCUGUACCUGAACUUACUCUGAUACUGUCUUCCUAAUACUGAUAGUGACACUGUCUCCUCUAUCUGUGUGUGUUUCAGUCGUCUGGGCCAUAAGAUCCAGGGUGUUUUGUGUGACGGGGAUUCCAACGAGGUCGUAGCCUCCACAGUGGUCAACUGCCUCAAGAUAGAUGAAGGUAUGAUGUCACAGGACAGUACAGAAGCCCACUAUAAUAAGUCAUAACUAACCUCUUAGGCUGUGGGUUGUCCCACCUAGGGUUGCAACAUUCCAAUAACUUUCCCCAAAUUCCCAGGUUUUCCAGAAAUCCCGGUUGGAAGAUUCCUGGAUUUCAGAAGGGUUUAAGUAGGAAUUUCCAGAAUCCUCCAAUCAGGAAUUUUGUUAAAGUUACCGGGACUUUGCAACCCUAGUCCCACCCAAUGGUUCCUUGUGUGUCAAUGAUCACUUAGUCAGAAUUGUUUCCUUCUCCCCCAGGUACGAUUAGCAUCGUGAGGGAGGGCUGUGUCCCGGCUAUCAAGGUUCGACAGAUCUUUGAGCGGGUGAAGAGCAGUAUGCUAUGA